GUAGGUCCCCAUUGGCUUCCAAGAAAUGGCUGCUGACGUUCACAAGAAGGGUAGAGAUGUGUCCAAUGGGUCAUUGGUCCCAAAGGAGGGGCAGCAUGCUGAGAGAUCAGAGAGUCCUACACCAGGGCUGGCUCAGGGAACAGAACCAGGAGCAAGCCAGGAAGGAGCAAUGUUUGUUCAUGCUCAGUCCUAUGAAGACCUGACAAGCACAGACAAUCCAGAUGCAACACUUCAGGCACAAGGUGGGGGGGAAGAUGCCCAGUCUGACCAGACAAAAAUAGAAGAAAUCAGCAAGGACUUCAGCGAACUGAGCACACAACUCACUGGCAUAGCACUGGAUUUGGAAGAAGAGAUGAGGCAAAGCAAAGAGGACAAGCUGGACCUCUCACCACAGGCUUCACGCCGGGACUCUGUCCUCUCAGGGAAGGAGGACGAGGAUGUAACCAUGGAAGCCUGGCGCAUGCAUCAGAAACAUGUAUUCGUUCUAAGCGAGGCAGGCAAGCCAGUAUACUCCCGAUAUGGGUCUGAAGAAGCCCUGUCCAGCACCAUGGGGGUGAUGAUGGCGUUAGUAUCCUUUGUAGAAGCACAGAAGAAUGCAAUUAGGUCUAUCCAUGCAGAUGGGUACAAGGUGGUGUUUGUGCGUAGGAGCCCCCUGGUGCUGGUUGCUGUGGCUCAGACCCAGCAGUCAGAGCAAGAGAUUGCUCAAGAGCUCCUUUAUAUCUACUAUCAGAUCCUCAGUCUGCUGACCUUGACCCAGCUCAAUCGCAUCUUCCAGCAGAAGCAGAACUAUGACCUUCGGAGACUGUUGGCAGGCUCAGAGCGAAUCACUGACAACUUGCUAGACUUGAUGGCCACAGACCCCAGCUUCCUGAUGGGGGCUGCACGUUGCCUACCUAUGGCUUCUGGAGUCAGGGAUAUUGUGAGCACCUGCCUCCAGCAAGCCAAGGCAAAAAGUCUGGUGUUUGCCAUCCUGCUCGCCAAGAACCAGCUGGUGUCGCUGGUGAGAAAAAAGGACCAGUUCCUGCAUCCAAUUGAUCUCCACUUGCUCUUCAAUCUAAUCAGUUCAUCCUCCUCAUUUAGAGAAGGAGAAGCCUGGACUCCAAUCUGCCUCCCCAAGUUCAACUCCAGCGGUUUCUUCAGUGCCCACAUUUCCUACCUGGAGCAAGAUACAGACUUGUGCCUUCUCUUGAUCUCCACUGACCGUGAAGACUUCUUUACUGUGUCUGACUGCAAGCGCAGGUUCCAAGAACGUCUGAAGAAGCGUGGUGUUUAUCAUGCCCUCUUGGAGGCCCUGCGCACACCUUUCUACAGUGUCUCCCAGGUGGGAAUCCCAUAUCUCAGACACUUCAUCUACAAAUCUAAGAGUUCGGGACUCUUCACCAGCCCAGAAAUUGAGGCUCCCUACAUCACUGAGAAGGAAAAGGAGAGACUGCUGGGAUUGUAUCAGUACUUACAUAGCCGUGCCCACAAUUCUUCCCGCCCUCUAACAAACAUCUAUUACACUGGCUGUCAUGAAAACCUCCUGGCUUGGGUGACUAAUGCCUUUGAGCUCUAUGUGUGCUUCAGCCCCUUGGGGACCAAAGCAGCAGCUGUCAGUGCUGUCCACAAGCUUAUGAGGUGGAUCCGCAAGGAAGAGGACCGGCUUUUUAUAUUAACCCCACAGACAUACUGAACAUGGUGCUAUGGCCUAUGCAGCCUGACCGGUGGUUGCUGAGCUCAUGCUUCUGGGAGCCAGCAAGUGACCUAGAGAGAUGCAUUCACCCCACUGGUGUGCCAAAACACACACACACUUUCUCUCUUUCUCAGACAGAAUCUCUCCCCAGCCACAAAUGUGAAGAGAAAAAGAAGUAGGCAGCAGAGCUCUCUAACCAUCUGGAACCUGUGGAAUGGAGACUUGUAUCUGAAUUCAUAGCAGAUUUUCAGCCUCAUGUCUGCUCUGUCUGGAACUGUAGCACAGACCUCAGGUGGGAAAGGAACAGAGCUAAUGCACUUUAUCCAAAAUAACAAAGGGCCUGACAAAAAGACAUUCAUCUAAAUUUUAAAGGAAACAAUGUAAAUUUGAUUUACUGGAGGACAGAAUGGUUUAGACCUUUCAGAGAGCACUUCCACACUUCCUUCUUUUCUUAAACCACCCUUUCCUUGGAUCAUUAAUUUUUUUAAAAACAUAUGACUAAAUAGCCUGUACAGGCUUUGCUAUACAUUUGAUUUUUUGCAGUAACAAUUAUAUGUAACAGGAAGGAAAUUAAAACUGUUUUGACCUGUACA